AUGCACUAUGGAAAAGCCGAGAUCACUAUGAAAUGUAUUGGGGUUGGUGGAGUAGUCAAUGCUUUUAUCACCAUGGCGACGAACGGUGACGAGAUCGAUUGGGAGAUGGUAGGCAAAGAUGUGAGUCACGGUCAAACGAAUUUCUUCUGGAAUAAUGACAUGCUCUAUGGUGUCAACAGCCGGACCCAUUCCGUUCCCGGAGGAUCAAUCAACACAACCUACCAUACUUAUGGAAUUGAUUGGACGCCUGAUUCGCUUACUUGGUCUAUCGACGGUGCACCUGUGCGUACCCUGUAUCGCAAAGACACCUUAGAAGAUGGAAUUUAUAAAUAUCCUAGCCAUCCCUCUUACAUACAAUUUGGGGUUUGGGAUGGUAGCGGUUCACCAUCCUUAGCUAGUUGGACAAAUGGGCCCAUCGAUUGGAACGAACAACCUUCUGUGUUGACCAAUGUAAUUUCAAAGAUCAAGAUUACAUGCGAUUCUACUUAUAAUAAGGUUGUCAGUUAA